AAAAAAAAUUCGAGAACGUGUUUUAUAACAAGCCCACUUGUGCAAAUCAAGAAGCACUUGAACCCCACAAGUAAAAACGCUCUCCCUCUCUCAUCCUCUCUCUGUUUAUAUCAACCUUUGUGGGGAGAAUUCAGAAAAGAGAGUAAAACAGAGAUAAGAAAAUCUCUGGAGAUUAAAGAAAUUAAGAGAGAAGACAAAAGAAAUCGUAAGAAUGGUGGUGGAGGAAGAUAGAAGCAUGGAGGAAGGACUUAUUCGCCAAAGGCAUCAAAACGACAGAGAUGAUCGUCGUAUCACCGCGUGUGUUAUCCUCAGCACUUUUGUCACUGUUUGUAGCUCCUUCAGCUUUGGCUGUGCUAGUGGUUAUACUUCAGGCUCUGAGACUGCGAUCAGGAAAGAGUUAGACCUUUCUCUUGCAGAGUUUUCGGCGUUUGGGUCCUUCCUGAAUUUGGGAGCUGCAUUGGGGGCCUUUUGCAGCGGUCAACUGGCAGUCACCAUCGGCAGAAGACGCACGUUGUGGGCCUGCGAUUUGUUCUGCAUUUUUGGUUGGCUCUCCAUUGCUUUCGCAAAGGAUGUCUUGUGGCUGGACGCAGGAAGAAUUUCCUUGGGCAUAGGAGUUGGCUUGAUUAGCUACGUGGUCCCUGUCUAUAUUGCGGAAAUCACUCCAAAACAUGUUCGUGGUGCAUUUACUUCUUCAAACCAGCUUUUUCAAAACUGUGGAAUGUCCAUUAUUUAUUUUUUUGGGACUAUAAUUAAUUGGCGAGUUCUGGCUAUUAUAGGUGCUGUUCCAUGUCUCGUUCAAGUGGUCGGAAUAUACUUUAUACCGGAAUCUCCAAGAUGGCUGGCUAAAAUCGGCUCAGGUAAAGAAGUUGAAAAUUCGUUGCAUCAACUUAGAGGAAGAGAUGCUGAUGUUUCAGGCGAAGCAGCUGAAAUUCAGGUUAUGACAAAAAUGCUCGAAGAAGAUUCAAAGUCGAAUUUCUGUGACAUGUUUCAGAAAAAGUAUAGACGAACUCUUGUGGUUGGAAUUGGUUUAAUGUUGAUACAACAAUUAUCUGGAGCUGCUGGAAUCACAUAUUAUUCGAAUGCCAUAUUUAGAAAAGCUGGCUUUUCAGAGACACUCGGAUCAAUGAUAUUUGGUGUGUUCGUUAUCCCAAAAGCCUUGAUGGCUGUAAUUUUUGUGGACAAAUGGGGAAGACGGCCACUCCUAUUGGCUUCAGCUGCUGGAAUGUCAAUCGGAUCCUUGGCUAUUGGGGGUUGCUUUACGUUACAGGGAAUGAAUAUUCUUCCUGAACUGACUCCAGUGUUGGUCUUCAUAUUCAUACUGGUCUACUUUGGAUGUUUUGCCAUCGGUGUAGGAGGGCUACCCUGGGUCAUUAUGUCUGAGAUUUUUCCAAUAAAUAUUAAAGUUUCAGCAGGGACAAUAGUGGCGUUAACCUCAUGGACCAGUGGGUGGUUCGUUAGUUACGCUUUCAACUUUAUGUUCGAAUGGAGCGCACAAGGAACAUUUUACAUAUUUGGGGUUGUCGGAGGAGCAUCAUUGACUUUUAUUUGGUUUCUCGUGCCGGAAACCAAAGGACAGUCACUGGAAGAAUUACAAGCUUCGCUUACGGGGACAACCUAAAUUAAGCACACAUUUAUAUUAUAAUUGUUUGUUAAAAAAAUAUUUAAUGAUCCAAGCGGCUAUGCAAAUGAUAGAUUUAUUUUGUAAUUAUCAUUAGCAUAUUCUUGAUAGUGAUAUUAUACCCUCUCUCUUUUUUUUUAUCCUUUGCUAAACAAAGUCGUAUCCUAGUUGUAAGACAAAUGUGUAUAGAUGUCUUACAAUUAGAAUAUGUCCAGUUGUAUUUUGUGUUAAGGUAUAUGGAUUUUCAAUUCAAAAUUUAUU